AUGGCUGUCACUAAACAGCCAUGGCUUGUUCUCCAUCUACUGUUUUUCCUUUCAGUCAUUGCUUUCUCUUCUUCAAUAUCAAAUUCUCCUCAAAAUAUUGAAACUUUUUAUCCAUUUCUUUUAUCUCCAUCUCCGGCUCCACCUCCUGCACCGACACCAAAACCCUCUGCUUCUCCGAAUUCUACUAUAUUGGGUCCAUCAGCGCCAGCACCUUUGCCUUCGUCGUCAUCGAACAGAAAUGUUGUUAAGGCAGUAGCUGCAACUGCUGCAAGCACUUUUGUCGUUGCCACUUUGCUCUUCUUUUUAAUCCAAAGGUUCGUAAUCGUUCCUCGAAGGAAAAAGAAUGGAGAUGGUGCUGAUUCCAGAAGAGGUCAGGCAGUGGUGCCUCUGCCUCACGGUCAGUUUUCUCGAAUGGAAGGGAAUGUUAAAGGAUUGAUCGUUGAUGAGAACGGAUUGGAUGUUCUGUACUGGAGAAAACUUGAAGGAGAAGACAAGAUAAACAGUUUUCGCAAAGAGGAACUCAGGAGGAAAUCUAAGUCUGAGCCCAUACAAGAAAUUCCUUUGCUUCGAGGAAAAUCCUCCACUUCAGAGAAAAAAGUUUUACCAGAAACAACAGUUCCUACCGUCAGUUAUCAAUCUAUUGGCGCUGAGACUGUUGUCAAGGCCAUUGAAAAACCAAAUUUAACAAGUCAACCAUCAAAUCCUCCUAUUACCCUGUCUCCAGCACCGCCGCCACCGCCACCACUUCCACUACAUUCUUCAAUGGCAAUUCCAAACAAGCAAGUUCCUGUACCGCCUCCACCUCCUACAAUCACAGCAAAGAAAAAUCAUCCACCACCACCUCCACCACCCAAGCCAGAUGGUUUGGCAGCAUCUUCAAAUCUGCCACCAUUGCAUAAAGGGUUCCCAAGUAAAGGUGAAUCAGCGGAGUCUUCACCUGGACAAGGCAGUACUGCAGGGACUGGGAAUGGUCAGGUGAAACUGAAGCCGUUGCACUGGGAUAAGGUGAACAAGAAUACCGGCCAGUCCAUGGUGUGGGACAAAAUUGAUGGUGGCUCUUUUAGGGUUGAUGAUGAUCUUAUGGAAGCCCUCUUCGGAUUCGUUGCCACCAACAGGAAAUCCCCCAAAACAGACAACAAAUCAAGCAGUUCAAACAAUGUUAGUUCCAUUCCACCAGCACAAAUUGUUAUCCUUGAUGCUCGAAAAUCCCAGAACAUGGCAAUUGUUCUCAAAUCUCUGGCAAUCUCUCGCAAUGAACUCCUCGAUACAUUAACUGAUGGUCAAGGUCUAAAUGCAGAUACUCUUGAAAAGCUCAUGAAAAUUGCCCCAACCGAAGAGGAAGAGUCCCAAAUCCUUGAAUUCAGGGGAGAUAUUACUAGACUGGCUGAUGCUGAAUCCUUCCUCUACCAUCUUCUGAAAGCUGUUCCAUCUGCAUUUAGUCGUCUUAAUGCCAUGCUUUUCAGAUCAAAUUAUGAUGCAGAGAUUCUUCACUACAAGGAAUCUUUGCAGAUACUUGAAUUAGGAUGCAAGGAGCUUCGAAAUCGAGGACUUUUUAUGAAACUUCUGGAAGCCAUUCUCAAGGCUGGUAAUCGCAUGAACGCGGGAACUUCUAGAGGAAAUGCCCAAGCUUUCAAACUAACUUCACUUGGAAAGCUCUCUGAUGUUAAGAGCAUCGAUGGAAAAACUACUUUACUUCACUUUGUCGUGGAAGAAGUAGUCCGAGCUGAAGGAAAACGUUGUGUUCUUAACCGAAAUCGUAGCUUGAGUCGAAACAGCAGCCAAAGAAGCAACAGUAGUGUGAUUUCUGAGAAUCCAGCCUCAAAAGAAGACAGAGAGAAGGAAUAUAUGAUGCUGGGAUUACCUACGGUAGGAGGGCUUAGUGCUGAAUUCUCUAAUGUAAAGAAAGCAGCCCAAAUAGAUUAUGAUACCUUUGCUGCUACUUGCUCAGCUCUCGCAGCUCGUGCAAGAGAAGUUAGAGCAUUUGUGUCACAAUGUGCUGCUGCUAAUGGCGAAGAGGGAUUUGUAAGGGAAAUGAAAGGUUUUCUUGAAGCAGCUGAGGAGGAAUUAAAGGGCUUGACAAAAGAGCAGAGGAGGGUGAUGGAACUUGUAAAGAAAACAACAGAAUAUUACCAUGCAGGAGCUUCGAAGGAUCAAGAAGCACAUGCACUUCAACUAUUCGCCAUCAUUAAAGACUUCCUAUCUAUGGUUGACCAGGUAUGUGUUGAAAUUGCUCGAAAUCUGCAAAGGAAGAAAACAUCAUCAUCGUCAUCGUCAAGUAUUGAAUCCUCCCCCAAGCCCCCAGCAGCAAGAAUGCCAGUGAGGUUCCCAAACUUGCCCCAACACUUCAUGAAAGAAAAAUCUAUGAAUAGUUCUAGUGAAUCGGAUUCAGAUUUUUGA